GUGAAUGUUACUAUCGAUGGUGUCACAUACCAGGUGUUCCGGUACGGCACGAGGAGUAACAUGCCCCGACCGGAAUCCUAUCUUGUCGAUAUCCAAAAAGCGCUACGUGUUCCGGACAAGACGCGGUUCUGGCAGGACGUGGCCAAUGGCUUGCCGCCGAGUCCGUUGGGAUUUCUCUACAGUAUGGUUUCAGCGACAACGGACUACAUCUACACAUUGAAACUAAAAAAUAUUCUCCCUGUUGAUCUCAACGCGUUCAUCUGCUGGAACUACGAGCUGUUGGAGUACUUUUUUGAAAGAAUAGGUAACCAAGUGAAGUCAGAGUUCUAUCGAGAAACACGGGCAAAGUUCCGCAAUACUGUCAACAAAGUCUUCUAUAAUUAUACAGCGGGUACAUGGUGA